AGAGAGAGAGAGAGAGAAGAUUUUUUUCCCCUGAAAUUAGAGAGUGCUAAGAAGAAGAACGCCAAAUUCAAGUUAAGUGCAAAAAAAAAAAUACUAAUAAAAGUGAUAAAAUAAUAUAUAUUUAAAAAAUACAUAUUCGAAAAAUGUGUUGAAUGUAACAAAAAAAAGUUGAUUAACACUGUAUAGGAGGGUUUCGUUCAAAUCACCAAUAAACGUUGGUAGUGCUGGUGGCACCAGCCUUCAUCGUCAAGAUGACAGAGAGAAAAAAAAUGAGGCUAUAAAAAGAUAAUUCACGCCAGCCAUGAUGGCAGUGGGAGGAAGAAAUGAGUUUGAAAUAAGCACAGUAUCAAAUCCUGCCGUGACGCAACUCCGACACUGGGGACAAACGCUGAGAGGUAACUGCCAGCACGCAAGGUCUAGAUGAAUUACGCCCCUUUCAACGGUACUGUAAUAUUAUCGUGACUAUGAGAUUAGUUCUACUAGAUUAGUGCAUAUUUGUAGAGGAUAUUUUCUGGAUACAUUAUUCAUAAAGAAAACGUCUAACCAAAAAGUCACAGUUAACAAUGUCAGAGGCAUUUCUCCCCACUUCAAGCAGCCCCAGACUUUUACAACUGCCAGUACUACACAACUUCACAGAACCAGGAACCUGGUUGCUAGUUCUCCUCUGCUGCGCUUACGCUACACCACACUCGUCACGUGAUAGCUUUUUGCUGGGCGUUUCCCGGUCUCCCAGUUUAUCAUUUUUAACUUUCAACAGAAGGUCGCCAUGUUUUGUAGAUCUAGAUGACAACAGUUUGACACCGUUACCAGUUUGGAAGUGCAAAUCAGAUUUUAGCCACAGGGAAAUAAAAUUAAGAACACUGGCUAAACAACUUGAGAAAAGUGCUCAUUUGCAAGUGUCGCCAAAUUUAGAAUUCAGGAAUCACUGGGAUAGCUACAAUGAAAGAGACUAUUUGGAAACGGAAAUAUAUUUAAAUUCAAAUAGUCCUAAUCCAAGAUUAUAUCACUCGAAGCGAAAAUUUGAUAUGGCAGACAAAAGGGCUGCGAGGCCCUACGACAAAAAAGUAUUUUUGUAUGGGAAAGAUGACAGACUGAAAAUAUUCCCUCCAUUGAUGAGGAAAUUCCCUUACUCUAACGUUGUGCGUCUUUCUACAGGCUGUACUGGUACACUUGUCACACCGUUCCAUGUCCUUACUGCUGCUCACUGUGUGCACAACGGGACAGGCUUCAGAAAGAAGCUGGAAAUGCUGAAAGUGGAAGUCCCUGACACUCUAGGAGUGCGCGUGUAUUACGUGGAGAAAAUUAGCAUUCCGACCAGAUGGCUGCAUCAUCCAGUUCACGAACAUAGGUCUUCGUGGGACUAUGCUGUUAUUAGGCUCAGCUAUGGCGUACAAGACAGGACACACUUCUUCCCUUUGGAUGUGCCAUCUCCAGGAAUCUUAAACCACAACCUUCAGUUUUUAGGUUUUCCCAACAGUGAAGAUUAUUUGUUGAUGUCUGUAUGUCCCGCCAAAUCUAACAAAGCCGUGGUAGACUGGAACGUCAUUUUGACUCAGUGCGACUCUUCCGUAGGAAAUUCAGGGGCAGCAAUUCUAUCGGACGAUUCCCCACGUAAAAUCAAAAAGAUUAUUGGCAUUCUCUCCAGUACGAUGCCAGUCGGUCGAAUGCCUUACUAUAAACCGUUUAGUAUCAUCACAGCCCUGACUUGGCCGAAACUUUAUGACAUCUGUACAGAGAUAGGCGAUAUUGGAGUAAGCUACCAAGUUUGCCCGCCCAUUGAGUCCAUUCCAAAGAGAGUUAGAAUUCACAUUAGUAACAAUAUAAUUCCUUUUUUUGGAUGACGUUAAAAAUUGUAAUGGAUAAUAAAAAUUUAGCAUUGUAUAUAUUCUGGUUCUAAAUUAAAAUAAAAUUGAAAAUUUCACAGAAUGUUAUAUAUAUAUAUAUAUAUAUAUAUAUAUAGUAAAGAGUACUAAAUUAUAAUCCAAGGAGAUAUAAUGUUAUGAAAAGCUAAUCCAUGUAUUGUUUCUAGUUUUUUAAAUGAGCUACAACAAUACAUAUAUUUUUUAAAUAUUAUUUAUAAUAAGUCGCAUUGGUAGAGAUUAUAUCUACAAAAUUAGUUUUCUGUUUAUUUUUGUUGUUUUUUUUCAAUACAUUGUAUGGGCUUAUACUUAGGAAAAAUGUUAUAUAAACAGAGCAGAUAAAAUUUGAUUAAUAAAAGUAUUCAGCAUUCAGUUUUAUACAAUGUCUUAACAUCUGUUUCAGGUAACAAAUAAGAUACCAUUGUAAAUGAGCUUGUAUUCUGAAAUACUGAAACUGAAAUAUAACCUUUUGAUACAUUCAAAUAUCACUUUUAAUAUAUACAAAUGCCUUUGUUUUACAAAUGUUAAUUGUCAGUCAGUAUAGGAAUUUUUAACUGCUUAAAAAUAUAAACUAAAAUCAUAGUAGCACUGUGUUAACUCAAAGAUUGAGCUUAAGUGUCAAAGUUUUGUAGAUUAAAACGAUUCUUAACUGACCUCAGAUUGGAAACAAAGUAAUAAAAACUUAUUUACAAAAUAUGA